GAUAUCCACACACAAGGGUAAACUUUCUCCUCAUCUCAUCCCGCAUCUUUAGCAUUAGUCUCUUUUAUCAUCAAAUUACAAGGACACGUGCAUAUACUACAGUGGUAGGUAGAUUUAUAUGUACUUUGAAAGCCUGUUUUUUGCUGGCUAUCGGUGACAGCUUUGUUGAAAGGCUAAAGUUAGUUGCAUUGCUAGUUUGAUGUUUGUGCCUACCGUUAGCUACAGUAGUAGUAACAGUUAGCUAGUUAGCUAACGUUAGUUGCUACAGAAAAUUAAUGAAUGUGGCUUUGUGUUUAUCCUGUAAGUUAACUGCUGCUUGUGUCAGUUGUUUUGAACAUGAUUAACUGCUGUCCGUCCAGUCCCGAGGGCUUCACUGACCUUGCAGCUGCCGAGUGGAGAUCUCAUCUCAAUCGAUCAGAGGCACUCUUCCAUGUCAACUCAGCCUCAUGCCCUGAGAUCAAGUUUAUGAAAGACCUGCUGUCACACUCAGCUCUGUGUGCGUGUGUGUACCGCUGGAACUGAGGAAGAUGUGGAACAGGAAUAAAGCCUUGUUCAGAUGGCCUGCUUGGGGAAUAGAUGGCCUGCUUGGGGAAUAGAUGGCCUGCUUGGGGAAUAGAUGGCCUGCUUGGGGAACAGAUGGCCUGCUUGGGGAACAGAUGGUGUGCUUGGGGAACAGAUGGCCUGCUUGGGGAAUAGAUGGCCUGCUUGGGGAACAGAUGGCCUGCUUGGGGAAUAGAUGGCUUGCUUGGGGAAUAGAUGGCCUGCUUGGGGAAUAGAUGGCCUGCUUGGGGAAUAGAUGGUCUGCUUGGGGAAUAGAUGGCCUGCUUGGGGAAUAGAUGGCCUGCUUGGGGAAUAGAUGGCCUGCUUGGGGAAUAGAUGGACCUAAUUUCCACAAAUAUAGUGGUCAUCCCACCUUUGCCCCUCUAAUCCUUAAUGUCUGGUGUAAAGCUAGUUGGGAGAAUAAGAAUGACCUGCUAAUGCUUUUAGCAGUAGUUACCGGUGCUGACUUUGACAAAUGCUAUCAGCUUCCUUUUACACACAUUCAGUUUCAUUUAGGCAUAGCAAUAUUCCACUUUACUUCAAUGAGCACCUAAAAUCACAAAUAUUUCAUUGGGGAAAUAUAUAUUUUUGAAUAGGACAGACAUUUUCUGUGGCAUAACUCCAAUGACAUGUUUUUUCCUUCUGACUCAUCUCUUUACAGAUAGUUAAUGUGUUUCCCUUGUUCAGAUGUUUCUAGUGGUUGUUCUGUAAACGCUUGGCUGAAGCUGAAAAGGAUCCACUCUGAAGCAGGGUCUGUGACGAGCCAUCAUGGUCCGCCUCACCAUAGAUCUGAUUGCCAAAUCCAGCAACCAUUUCAAAAACAAGAGAAGCUACUCCCUCCCAAAGUACCUCAAGAAACUCACUCACCUGAACUUCUCCAACAAGAACAUAGAGGACAUUGAUGAUCUCUCCAUGUGCAGAAACCUCACAGUCCUCUACCUGUACGACAAUCAGAUCAGCCAGAUCUGCAACCUGGGCUUUGCCUCCAACCUCACUCACCUGUACAUGCAGAACAACAACAUCACUCACAUAGAUAACCUCUCCAGCCUGCAGAAGCUCUCCAAACUGUACCUGGGGGGAAACAGCAUCACGGUGGUGGAGGGGUUAGAGAAGCUGGGGGAUCUGAAGGAGCUCCACCUGGAGGGCCAGAGACUGCCCAGUGGAGAGAAGCUGCUCUUUGACCCCAGGACUCUCCUCUCCCUCGCUGAAUCUCUAGGUGUCUUGAAUAUCAAUAAGAACAACCUAGAUGAUGUCAGAGAUCUUGCCAUUCUAAAGAAACUCACACAUUUCUUUGCUGCAGACAACCAGCUACAGGACAUGCAGGAUUUAGAGUUGGUGUUCAGCCAAUGGCCUCAGCUGCAUCGAAUGGAUUUGAGUGGGAAUCCUGUGUGCCACAAACCCAAGUACAGAGAUAGGCUGAUAACUGUGUGCAAAAGACUGAACGAACUUGAUGGGAAGGAAAUUAAUGAGUUGUCCAGGCAGUUCCUGAUUAACUGGAAAGCGUCGAAAGACGCCAAGAAAAAACUGAAGGAUGAAAGAAUUAUGACCGGCCAGAUCACCUAUCCCUUUACUGACUUCCACAUGGGCCCCCAUCCUUCAUCCAACUAUAACUACGCCACCGUCCUGGGAAAGAGGAAUCCUCCGGAGUGUGGGAGACCCAGCAGGAAGGUCCGCUCAGAACACUCACAACUGGACAGUGCAGCAAUGAGGCCACGGAAUGUGAAGAUCCCAGUGAGUGCGGGGCUGCUUAGUGAUGUGGCCGACUCUGCUAAAGUCUGCGGCCUGUGAGACGGACAUGCCAGCUCUGCUAACACACACUCUGAUGACGCUCUCAUUGCAGAGCCACUAACACACACAUAUAUACACUCUGGUGACCCUCUCACCACUGACCCUUACCUUACACAUAACACAUAUUCAGUGCUUGACUUGGGCAGGAGCUCACUGGAGCUGAGUACCAGCAUCUAAAAUGUUUUACUGCUUGAGCUCCUGCACCUCUUAUAGAAUAUUAACUAGAAAGUAUUGUGGAACUCCUGCAACUAAAUAUAAACAGUACCGGCACCCAAAAUGGGUACCGGCACCUAUUCCAGUCCAAGUCAAGCACUGCACAUAACCUACCACUGCUGUGACCACACAUCAGGAGCGGACCUGAAGCCUGACACGCUCAAUACACUAUGGUCUGUCACUGUCAGGGACUGAUGGACUGCAGUAGAGGCACUUUAUGGUCAUAAUAUAUGUACUUAACUACCUGCACUCUUUGGAGUCUUGUUAAAAUGUUAUGACAGAACAAUAGCUGCCCUAUAAAAGCAAUGUCGGAUAUUAUAUCAAUGUUGUUUUUUUUUACUUUGCCUGUUUGAUGUUUGUUUUGUGUACCUGAGUGGACUUGAUAGGAAUUUGAAGAUACCUGGAUUUUAGAGUGUACGAUCUGAUGUGUUUAUUUAUGAAAACCCCUGAAUGCCAAAGAAUGGUGUUUGGGUGUGUCCAUGCUGGGAAGUCUCCAUUUCACAAAUGGCUUUAUUGGAUUUUACAAAUAUCAUUUUCACCAAUUUGGGAAGUUAUAUCCCAGAACUCUAUGUCAAAUAAGUCCACACCAUAAAUCCAAUCUGAGUUUGUGUUUUAUACAAAUGAAAUUACAGUAUAACCACUAUCUGUGUCCUUGAUAGUCUAGUUUGUCAUUUUUUCCUGCUGUAUUAAUGACAUGUUUUGUGGGACACCAACCGUGCAUUAUGAUGUCAGAUAUGCACUUAAUUGCGCACCAUUGUCAGAAAAUAUUAUUGUAUAAUAAAUGGUGAACGUUUUAA